AUGUCAUCUCUAUUUACGGGCUGUCAAAGACUCGUGUUUUUUCUUCUUUUAUCGAAUGUGUUUUUGACCUCGGCCAAGAUCAUCCAAAUCCUGCUGAAUAAAGGCGAAGAUCCAACGAUUGAGGACAAGCGGGGAAACUCGCCGCUGCAGCUGUUUGUCAAGUGGAACGCCAUCAGUAUUGACAUGAUCGACGAUUAUAGGCGGGUUCUGCGGAUUUAUCUCGAAUGCCUGGAGAAAAAAUAUGGAAGCAAGGCGAUCGACAAAAUUUACAGCAACGGAAACGCUUGUCUCCAUACAGCAAUCAUUUUCGCCGAACAUACGACAGUAGAACUACUACUCAAAUCUGGCGCAGACAUCAACCUCAUGAACAAAAAACACGACAGCGCUUUGAUGCUUGUAAAAGAUCUCAAAACAAAGAAUCCCAAAAAAUAA